AUGUCGGAAACAAGAGAGAUCAAGGAUAGCUCGCUGGGUGAGGCGCCGUCGAACACGGGCAAGGUUGUCGCCGCAGACAACGCGAUUGCCCACGAUGCUGUCUUUGGUGAGAUCACGGAAGAUGGCCCUAACUACCGCAGUGUUGGGUGGCUCGGAACUUCAGUCUUGAUGAUGAAAACCCAGAUGGGACUCGGUGUUCUAUCCAUCCCCUCCAUCCUCGACACCAUGGGAAUAAUUCCCGGAGUUAUCCUCAUCUGCGUAAUCAGCGGUAUCACUACCUGGUCCGACUUCAUUGUCGGUACUUUCAAACUCCGUCACCCCGAAGUCUACGGCGUUGAUGAUGCUGGAGAGUUGAUGUUUGGUUGGAUUGGCCGGGAAAUAUUCGGUGCUGGGUUUUGUCUCUUCUUCACCUUCACCUCGGGGUCAGCCAUGCUGAGUAUUUCCAUCGCCCUGAAUGCUCUGUUCAUGCACGCAACCUGCACUGCUGUGUUCGUGGCCGUUGCAGCGAUCAUUGGCUUCGGCUUUUCUAGUCUGCGGACGCUGGGACGCAUCAGUUGGCUAGCAUGGGUCGGUGUGACGAGUAUCAUUGUCGCUGUUCUCACUGUGACCAUCGCAGUGGGUCUGCAGGAUCGACCUGCGGCAGCACCCAAAGAUGUUCCAUGGAAGUCGGAUUUCAAGCUGGUAGGCUCGCCCACUUUCGCAGAAGCCAUCGCCGCCAUCUCCGCACUCGUUUUCUCGUACGCAGGCACACCAGCGUUCUUCUCUAUUGUGGCGGAAAUGCGCGAGCCUAAGCACUACACCCGAGCUCUUAUUCUCUGCCAGUCCGUUGUCACUCUCGUCUAUGUGGCUGUGGGCGCUGUUGUCUACUACUAUUGCGGCUCCUACGUCUCUUCGCCCGCGCUCGGCUCUGCUGGGCCAAGUGUAAAGAAGGUUGCCUACGGGCUCGGUCUACCUGGACUAAUUGUCUCUGCAGCUGUCUUGCUUCAUUUGCCCAGCAAGCACAUGUUUGUCCGAAUCCUGAGAGGCUCAAAGCACUUGACAGCCAACACAUUUACUCAUUGGGCAACAUGGAUCGGCUGUACCUUUUCUGUCGCUUUAGUGGCAUAUUUGGUUGCUAGCGGCAUUCCCGUAUUUAACAGUCUCAUCUCUCUCAUCGGUGCGCUCCUCGGCACUCUGAUUUGUUUCCAGCCGAUGGGUUGCAUGUGGUUCUACGACAACUGGACGAAAGGGAAACAGACCCCUACCUUGAGAUGGUACGCUAUGUGCGUUUGGGCUGCUUUCGUUGUGGUAUCAGGAACGUUUUUGAUGGUUGCUGGGACUUACAGUUCCAUUAUGGGAAUUAUCGAUGACUACAACGGACCAAACCGCUCCUCUGCUUGGUCGUGCGCAGAUAACUCGAACUCUGUAUAA